UCAUCUAAACCCAUCGACCAUGUUUCAUUUCGUUUCCUCCUAUGCCGCUAGGGUUUUCUUUAUCCUGCUUCCGCUACGUUCCCAAUUCCUCUCUCUCUCUGUAGCCGACCUCUUCUGCUCCGAGUUGAUCGUCGGCCCCUUCGGGCUCUCCCAAUCAGACUAUAGGGUCCAGGCUCCAACGUGAAUGACUGCCAGCAGGCUGCACAAGUCAUUGAAGGGAUAGGAUACAUUUGUUUGGACUUGUACAAAUCUAUAUGGUGGAAUUAAAGCAUGUCUAACCAUCUAGUUUCACAGCCUUUGUCAAUACCAGGCACACAGACGGGUCAGUUGGAGCCCGUCCCAAAUAAAAUAGAGGUGUCAAUGCCAGUGAUGCCAAUGGGACUCAUGGGGCUAGUUCCAGAAAAUCAUGCCUCACAACAGCUUUCUGCCUCAAAGCAGCAAAUGGGAUUUAUGGUGCCCGUGUCUAAAGGGUUUGAGGUGCCAAAGCUGUCGGCAUCAGGUAAUAACUACGGACAGGUUGAGAGCAGAGAAAAGGUUGUGGGUCCACAGCAGCACAUGGUUCCUUCCAGACCAUUGGAGAUGGUUACCAUGUUGAACAAUCAGGGAUCAGCUCAGUUAUCGGUACUGAGUAAGAGAAAGGCUCCAACGGAACCUACUGGAGGCAUUUCACCUCGAUCGUCAUCAUUUCCUGUCAAACGAGCAGCACAGGUGGAGCAUAGGCCAUGGCUCCUACAACAGCCUGUGGGAAGUAGAAAGGUCAUGCUGCCACAGUCCAUGCAGCAGGCUCCAGGAGCCAAGCAGUUGUCUGCCCAAACUAAGAAACUUGCCCAGAUGGAGUCCAUUUCCCCAAAAUUCGCGUCUCAGCGUGCAACGACCCCGAAGAUUCAGACAUCUGGGCAAUCUUCGGGUAAGGGUGAGUCAUUUGAAUCUGUUAGGUCCAAGAUGAGGGAAUCACUAGCUGGUGCGUUGGCCUUGGUUUCUCAGGAGCGUAGCAAGCCUCUGAUCUCAGUGAAAAACUCCCAGGAUGACGCUUUGUUCUCGCAAGGGUCAAGUUCAGGGUCUCAGCCCGGUACAUCAAAUACCACUGUGAUCAAUGCUGUUGAUCGUUCCUUUGAAGAACCUAAGGAGGCAUUGCUCUCCAGUGAAGGUUCUCAUGAUCAGAAGUUGAUUGGCGACCAAAUGGCUUCUCGGGAGGCUUCUGAUAUUGAAAAUGAUGGCAGUCCAGAAAUGGUUGCAGUGUCCAAUACACAAGAUUUUCAGUCAGAUAAUACCCUGUCCACUGAUGAUGUUCCUUUCAGUGAUCACUUCUUUGUCAAGGAUGAGCUUCUGCAAGGGAACGGGCUAUCUUGGGUGUUGGAGUCUGAUAUAGGCGUAGGUGAAACAGAUGCUAUUCAAUCUAUUGACGGCAAAGACCCCGUGGCUGAGCAAGUGGAGAAAAAAGAAGUCACUCAUUCUCCAGAAGAAUUGGCUUCUAAAAUUGAAGCUGAACUCUAUAAAUUAUUUGGAGGUGUGAAUAAGAAGUACAAGGAAAAGGGAAGAUCAUUGUUGUUCAAUUUGAAGGAUCGUAAUAAUCCUGAACUUAGAGAAAGAGUUUUAUCUGGAGAAAUCCUACCAGAAAGGCUCUGUUCCAUGACUGCCGAGGAGCUUGCAUCAAAGGAGCUUUCAGAAUGGCGGAUGGCAAAAGCUGAAGAGCUUGCUCAAAUGGUGGUUUUACCCGAUUCUGAGGUUGAUGUUAGGCGUUUGGUGAAGAAAACACAUAAGGGUGAGUUCCAAGUAGAGGUAGAACAGGAUGAUAGCGUAUCAGAGGAGGUUUCUCUUGGUGGUAGUUCGAUUAGCCGUAGUCGGUCAAUAACAAAGGAGAAGGAAACCCCUCAGCCAAAGCCAAAUGAAAGUAAAGAAGAAAAUGCGCGAGGUGUAAAAACUGGUGUAGUUGGCAAGGGAACAGAUUACACUCUUACUAUUCCAUCUGAGGGCCAGGAAUCUGAGGUGGAUAUUAUGGUGGAUGAUGCAAUGGGGGAUCUUCCUCCCAUUGUCUCCUUGGAUGAGUUCAUGGAAUCUCUUGAUUCGGAACCACCUUUUGAGGAUCUACAAGUUGAUAAGGGGAAAACAGAGUCAGAGUCCCCUCAAACUGAUGCGCAGCCUGGUUCUUCGUUGAAUUCUCCUGAUAGAAGUCCGAAAGUUGCAGGUGAUGCUGUCCCAGAGAAAUCUGGUAAAGUUGAUGAAGCAUUGUCAACCUCAGGUAUUGAUGUCAAAUCUAAUGAAAGUCCUGGAAAAUUGGCGGGCCCAUCUCCAGUCAUAUCCAAAGAUGAACAGGUUUGGGAGGGCCAUCUGCAGCUCAAUAUAUCAACAACAGUUCCAGUCAUUGGUGGCUUUAAAUGCGGUGAGAGAACAAUUGCAAAGGAAUGGAGCAAUAUCGUUGAAAUUAAGGGUAGAGUGAGGCUUGAUGCAUUCGAGAAGUUCCUUCAAGAUCUUAGGAUGUCUCGGAGCCGUGCAAUCAUGGUGGUGCAUUUUAUUUGCAAAGAAGGAACAUCCGAGAACGAGCGUGCAAGCAUUUGUGAGGUAGCGGACUCGUAUGUUCUGGAUGAGAGAACGGGAUUUGCUGAGCCGUCCCAGGGGGUGGAGCUGUACUUCUGCCCACCUCACUCAAGGACCCGAGAAAUACUCGGCAAGAUCCUUCCCGACGACCAAAGACAUGCGCUUGAUUCUGUAGAUAGUGGCCUGAUUGGUGUAGUUAUUUGGAGAAGAACUCAAUUAACUUCUACCGCUGCAAUUAAACAACACUCCUCCAAAAAGCAGCACUUCCCCAAUUCUACAACAAAAAGUAGGCAGCCCCAGGAUAAGUUUGACCCUAAUGUAACGAAUCCCUUCCAGUCUUCACGGUUUUCACAUAGCACCUGCACGAACCCGUCUUAUAAUGUUAAUGGUGGUGGGAAUGAUGAUGAUGAUGAGGAUGAUGUUCCACCUGGGUUUGGCCCUGCCCCUGGAUUAAGCCGGGACAUUGAUGACCUGCCGGAGUUCAACUUCUCUGGCGGUGGGGGCGGGUCGGAUUCUAGGUUGGGUCGGAGCCUCUCCCAGGCUGGGUCUCAUCCCGCCCUGGUCCCAUCACGCCCCGUUGAUCAGAUAAGAGAGCUCAUACACAAGUAUGGACAAUCAGAAGCAGAUCCUGGUCUUGGGAAUGAGGGCAUCGCAGUUCAGCCCUGGAAUGAUGACGAUGAUGAUAUCCCCGAGUGGCAGCCUCAAGGCCCAGGGCAGAGCUUCCACACCCCUAAUCCCCACGCGGAUGCAGUGAACCGACGUUCUGCGGGGCACCAGUUCUCACAGGUAGCUAGAUCGGUGACGACUCAACAAUCAGCCUCUUGGUCUUCCCCUUCAGUUAGGGGUGGCCAGUCUUUCGGGCCGCCUCAAGGGAGAACAACUGCUUGGCGGCAAGAUGGGUACAGGGGUAGAAGAGGGUAUUGAAAGGCGUUGGUUUUCUUAGUACGCCAUUUUUUUUUUUCUAUUCGGUGAUGUAAAUCCGGUGGUCAAGUUUUGGCUCUUAGAUAGAUAUGUAUUUCGUUUGUAAUGUCAAGAUCGAUCGUAUCUGCAUCUUUGUUUUUUGAGUUUUUUUUUUCUUUUACAUUUUGUUUACUUUAGCCGUUUAUCUCGGAGUUGGACUGCGUUGUGUCGGAACAUGGCAAUAACAAAUGCGAAUGUCAUGUACCGGGGUUGGAUUGAAAUAACUUCUUAUAGGGAUUGAUCCCAAUAAAGCGCACACAGGAUACUCUUCAUGGGUUUGAUUAAA